AGUGCAGCGAAUCCUCCUCUGGCAGAGAAAGCCAGGGCUCUGUGCUGGGGGUGGAAGCCAUUGCAGCAGCUUUGGGGAAGGAAGGAAGGAAGGAAGGAGAUCUCUCGCAGAGAAGAGGCUUUGGGCUGCCUGCGUGUGGCACAAGGGAUUGCUGCAAGGGGGGAAGCUUCACGCUGUGCUUUCCAGAGGUGCCUCUGGGGCAUGUGACAGCCACACAAGGCACCGGAGCGGGAGGAGAGGAAGCCUGCUUCGAAGCACUCAUCCCCAUCCCUAAAAGAAGAGCCCAGCCCCUUAGCCAGCAUGUCUGCAAAGGAGAGGCAAAAAGGCAAAGUGACCAAGGACAGCGUCACUCUAUUGCCCUGCUUUUAUUUUGUGGAGUUGCCCAUACUGGCAUCUUCUGUUGUUAGUCUCUAUUUUCUUGAACUUACUGAUGUCUUCAAGCCAGUUCACUCUGGAUUCAGCUGCUAUGACAGGAGUCUGAGUAUGCCAUACAUUGAACCUACACAAGAGGCUGUUCCCUUCCUGAUGUUGCUUAGUUUGACUUUUGCUGGACCUGCAAUCACGAUAAUGGUAGGAGAAGGAAUUCUCUACUGUUGCCUGUCUAAAAGAAGAAAUGGGAUUGGAGCCGAGGCCAAUAUUAAUGCGGGAGGCUGCAACUUCAACUCUUUCCUGAGAAGAGCUGUCAGAUUCGUUGGCGUUCAUGUCUUUGGCCUUUGUUCUACUGCCCUCAUUACUGACAUCAUACAGCUGUCAACAGGGUAUCAGACACCAUAUUUCCUGACUGUAUGCAAACCUAACUACACAUCCCUAAAUGUAUCCUGCUCAGAAAAUUCUUAUAUUGUGGAGGACAUUUGUUCAGGGUCUGAUCCCAUAAUCAUCAAUGGUGGAAGAAAAUCAUUCCCUUCUCAACAUGCUACUCUGGCAGCCUUUGCAGCUGUAUAUAUUUCGAUGUACUUCAAUUCCACUUUAACCGACUCCUCCAAACUCCUGAAGCCUCUUCUCGUCUUUGCAUUUAUCAUCUGUGGAAUUAUAUGUGGCCUGACUCGAAUCACCCAGUACAAGAGCCAUCCAGUUGAUGUCUAUUGUGGUUUUCUAAUAGGAGGAGGAAUUGCUCUCUAUUUGGGUCUGUAUGCUGUGGGGAACUUCCUACCAAGUGAAGAGAAUGUAUUUCACCAGAAUCUGCAAAGAGAACCAUUAAGAUCUUUGACAGACCUUAGUCAAGAUGCCAACAGAAUUUUACCAGGUAAAAAUGGUGGCAAUAGUGAUGGGCGUUCCUCUCACCAUUCUGAGAGUAUUCUGAAUCGAAACCAUAGAGAUUCUGGAUCCUUGACUAACAUCAAGAGAGCAAAUGCUGAUGUAGAGAUUAUAACUCCACGGAGCCCCAUGGGAAAGGAAAACAUGGUUACUUUCAGCAACACUUUGCCAAGAGUCAACACGCCAUCGCUAGAAGAUCCAGCUAGACGAAACGCAACAAUUCAUGCAUCAAUGGAUUCUGCCCGUUCCAAGCAACUUCUUUCUCAAUGGAAGAACAAGAAUGAAAGUCGAAAAUUGUCUUUGCAAGUAAUAGAGACUGAAACCGGCCAUUCACCACCAAGGGCUAUUGAAAUGAGAUCAAGCUCUGAGCCAUCCAGAGUUGGCGUCAAUGGUGAUCAUCAUGGCCCCAGCAAUCAGUACCUGAAAAUUCAGCCUGGCAGCAUUCCAGGUUGUAAUAAUGCUAGUCUUUCUGGUGGGCCAAGAGUUUCUAUUCAGUCACGUCCUGGGUCUUCACAGCUAGUCCAUAUUCCUGAAGAGACCCAGGAAAAUAUAAACACAUCUCCCAAAAGUAGUUCAGCUAGGGCCAAAUGGCUGAAAGCUGCAGAGAAAAGCGUUGCAUGUAGAAGCAACAGUCAGCCAAGAAUCAUGCAAGUAAUAGCCAUGUCAAAGCAGCAAGGAGUGCUUCAGAGCAGUCCUAAGAAUUCAGAGGGCAGCACAGUCACCUGUACUGGAGCCAUCCGAUAUAAAACCUUGACAGAUCAUGAACCCAGUGGCAUUGUAAGAGUUGAGGCCCAUCCAGAAAACAACAGACCCAUAAUUCAGGUGCCAUCAGAAGGUGAAGGGAGUGGAUCUUGGAAAUGGAAAGCUCCUGAGAAAGGUAGCCUUCGUCAAAUUUAUGAGCUAAAUGAUCUCAAUAGAGACUCUGAGAGCUGUGAAUCCUUGAAAGACAGUUAUGGGUCUGGUGACAGGAAAAGAAGUAACAUAGAUAACAGUGAGCAUCACCAUCAUGGGAUUACCACUAUAAGAGUUACACCAGUGGAGGGAAGUGAGAUUGGCUCAGAAACUCUGUCCAUCUCUUCGAGCCGGGACUCCACACUUCGAAGAAAAGGUAACAUUAUUUUAAUCCCUGAAAGAGGGAGCAGCCCAGAGAACACCAGAAACAUCUUCUAUAAAGGAACAUCUCCCACAAGAGCUUACAAAGAAUGAAAGGAGACAUGUCACCUGAUCCAUAUUACCAAGAAUUAACACAUUUUGAUAAAGCUUGGGCUCUAUUUCUUUUUGAGCGGAUUCAGAAAUAUUCUUGAUGUGCCAAAUUUACUGACCAUCGGCCUGACUAUUGUUGAACAUUGCUGAUGUAUGGUGUGCAUGAGCUUGUGGGUUUCAUGCGAUUGGGGGAGGGGGGGGGAAGCACAAUGCAAGAACCUAAUGUGAAGAGUUUUCUUACAACUUGUUUCACCAGACUAAAAACAUUUCUCUGAGGGUGACGAUAUGAUACAAAAUGAUGGUCUUGAACACAGACACUUUAUUUCCUGAAUGUGCCAACUUUUUUAUUUUAUUUAUAUUUAUGUCUGAGGACAAAUGAAUUUUUCACAGCAAAGGCUGUAUCAGUGUUGUAUAUUCACCUUUGCAGAUUUUGCACCAAAACUUUAAUACAGGAUGGUGCUGAUUAUAACUUUACAUAUUUUGAAAAUUUACAUACCCGUUAAACUCAGACACAUGACAUAUUGAUGUGCAGUUACUUUAAAAGUAAUAUUGCUAAUACUAUGACGAUGCUGGCUGCAUUCAUGUAGAGUAGGAAAUAUUUACAGCUUUGUUAUAGUGGAUUUGCCACACUAAAAGAUUGCAAAGAUUUUGUGUAGUUCUUUGAAAUAAUGUUUACUGCAACAAAAAAUAUG